CCGCAGCCCCCGGCGGCCGAAGGACCCCGCGGCGCACGGGACGGUGGUGUCCACAGAUCUGCUGAAAAGCUGAGGAGAAGUGGCCUGAGGAGAGAAGGCCUUGCGUGGAGUGGUUCUUGAACAAGAGAAUCUUCAUUUUUGGCAAACACACCAAGCUCAGAAACGGAUGGUGCCCGACUUCACAAACUGACGGCUCUUUGGCACACAUUUCCUCUUGGAGUCUAUUCUGUGGCUUUCAAACCAGAGGUUCAUCUUAACCAGGGAAAAGUGAGUUAUUUGAUUUCGUAUAGUUAUAACAUCAACUUGAAGGACCUUGGAUUUCUAGAGAGCAAAAGAUGAAAAGAUAGAUGAGCAAAAGAUGAAAAACUCAAAAGAUUUCAAAGUUACUUGAAAAAAAGAAAAAAAAAGAAAGAAAAAACCGCAGCACUGCCAGCAGGGGCAGAAUUCUAAGGUAGAUAUGCAAAUCAGAAAACUGGCCUGGCUUCUUUCUGCACAAGACAAAGGAUGCUUAAUUUCAUGGGAGGAGAAGAAGGCAAACACUCUACACGUUUAGGUCCAGUCUCGCAGGUUCCCUAGCUGACUUCUGUAGAAGCCUGAGGAGGACGGCGCUGGAAAUACCCGGUGAGAUGGCUUCCCUGAAGAUGAGGUUGAUAAAUAUUUCCCUGAUGGUGCUUGGAGCCCUUUGCUUGUAUCUUAGCAUGCACAAUCUGAGCCCUUUGAAAGCAAGUCCAUUUUUUCUCAAGAGAGAAAACGGGGACUUUCUGCAGCUCCCAGACAUGGACUGCAAGCAGCAGCCCCCCUUCCUGGUCCUGCUGGUGACGUCGUCGCCCCAUCAGACAUCCGCGCGCAGGGCCAUCCGCAGCACCUGGGGAGGAGACAGGAUGGUCGGAGGAAAACGAAUAAAAACAUUCUUCCUCCUGGGAACCCCGUCGAGCAGGGACAGGUCUCUGGCGGUGGCCCGGGAGAGCCAGCAGCAUCGCGACAUCAUCCAGAAGGACUUUGUGGACGUUUAUGUGAAUCUGACCCUGAAGACCAUGAUGGGAAUGGAGUGGGUCCACCGCUAUUGUCCUCAGGCCGCUUUCGUCAUGAAAACAGACUCCGACAUGUUUAUCAACGUCUACUACCUGACGGAGCUGCUUCUGAGGAAGAACCGGACCUCGGGGUUUUUCACCGGCUUCCUAAAAAUGGAUGAACUUCCCAUCCGGAAAAAGCACAGUAAGUGGUUUGUGAGCAAAGAGGAGUAUCCGUGGGACAAGUACCCGCCCUUCUGCUCUGGCACCGGCUACGUGUUCUCCAGCGAUGUGGCCACUCAGGUGUAUAACGUUUCUCACGGCGUGCCGUUCCUUAAGCUGGAAGAUGUCUUUGUGGGGCUCUGCCUCGCCAAACUGAAAAUCAGACCUGAGCCCCUUCACACGGAGCAGACCUUCUUCCCAGAGGGCUUAGCCUUUUCCGCAUGUCGCUUCAAGAAGGUUGUGGCCUGCCAUUUUGUCAAGCCUCAAGAUAUGCUGAUAUAUUGGCAUGCUCUGGAGAGUUCCCUGGGAGAGGAGUGUCCAGGUGAUGGAGGCGAGCCCAGCAGCACAUCUGGACACACGUCAGGCACCCAGGACAAUGCCUUUUGAAAGACCUUCCUUGGCACCACUGUUGAUGGUGUCUGUGGGGGUUGGGAGCGGUGGAGAGGGAGGGCGAUGCGGGGUUCUUGAUCUGAACUAGACUGUGAGCUGAGUGAAGCCAGGAAUGAGUCCCACCAGUGCCCCAGAAAUAAUCUGAGGACCUGCCCACCGCGGUAGGGCCCCAUGUUUUCCUGCUGCUUCUCAGUUCUGGGGGUCGGCGACCUCGUGAGGUGGGGGGUGUUGUCCUCCCAUUUUACCCUUGAGGACACAGCAACUUUGGAGGUCCAGGAACUUGACUCAGGGUUCAUGGCCAGCACGCUUUGGAGCAGGGAUGGAGCUGUAGCGUUGUCAGCACUCACUGCCGCCUCUGGGCCCCUGGCAGAGGAGGGUGGCCAGGAGGGCUCAGAGGGAAGCCUGGUGACUGGCAUCUUUCAGUCCCUUCCCGGUGUCCCUCCUGCCCGACUCCCAGCCCCUGUGUGUUUCUCUGCUGGGAUUUAGUGUGGAGGUGGAGCUGGCUGGGCACUGAGUUCUGUCAGCAGCUGAUGCUCAGCUCAUAGGUAAGUCAUCCCAGGCCCGGCCGGCAGUGGCUACAGCCUGGGGCUGAGAUUCAGCCAUUCCAGACAGAGAUCCAUCUUCAGCACUUAAGCUCAGCGUCCACCGCCAAGCCUGGCCUGUUGUGUAGACCUCUUGGCCGCGGUGCUGACCUCCCAGGGCUAUCUGUGAGCGCUGUGAAUCCUUCCUGCCCGCUUCAGAGUCCCAGGGCAGCUGGUCCAAGGACCAGUGUGUGAAGGAUUUUGGGAGCUUUUCUGGGGAGUCAGGUGUACCUAAUUCCAGAGGCUCCCCAGGAACCCCCUCAGACACGGAGCAUGAGGCAGGAAGUGCUCAGGGAUCUGCCUCAGUCCUUACAGGCCUGGCCUGAGCAAGCGCUUGAGCUUUGGAACUGGAGAUGGCCAGGAAGCAGCUUGUGACAGGGAGCUGAACCUUCACCUUCCUCCUCUGGGAGGCGACGCGAGCCUGCUCCGAGGGCGGGGGAAGGCGAGGCCCUUUGCUCUUGGUCACUUGAAAGUUUUACCUUGUAGACCUGAAGGUGUGCGAAGCCAGGGCCUCCCGGGGCUGAUGACUUGUGACUCUGGGGUGAGGCUGGGCCCGAGCCGGCAGCAGACCCUCCUGGCGUGUUGACUUGUCCGGGGUGGCGUGCCCACUAGGCAGCAUUCCUCGGACCUGACCCAGCUGCUUCCUUCCUGACGUGUUUCCUGCUCUUGCCUGCGCUGCACCCUCAGGGCUGGGCUCAGAACUGCCUCCCCUGGGGGGGAAUCUUGGGCUGAGUGGGCUUUGGGGAGCCCGGGUUUUGCCAGCAUGUGCUCCUGGCCCCAGAGGAUGGGCUGCCCCUGAUUCUGAAGCGAAUGGUGACUUGAGGACGACACUUUGCUUAGCUGCCCGCCUGGCCCGGGCGCUCGUCUGUGGCCCAGGCCUGGGUGGGUGAGGGUGGCAGCGGCCGGUCAGCCAGUUGCCUCCUUUGGGAUGGUCGGACCCAGGCAGGCUCCACCUCAGCCCCUGCGGGUUCUUAAGAGGUUUUCUGCAAACACGCUCCCCCACUGUGUAUCUCUGUACAGUGAAGAAUUAUUUCUCAUGGAAAUGAGGUUGUGUUUCUAGAACUUGAAGGGACCAGAGCUGCUUCAUUUCGGCCUUGCAGGAAGAUGAAAUAAAACUUGAGGAGACACAGAGGUUUCCCGAGAACCCUGCUUGUGAGGGAUGCCGUGCUCCACACGCCCUCUCGCCCUCCACGGGGGAGGCUGGAGCGCCAGGCUUGUCCGUGAACACCGAGGGUCGCUCCGGAGGGGCUGGAGAGCCGGAGCGCGUGCGGGGAUUUGCUCAGGGGCCUCAGGGAGCAGGAUGCUGGGCGCAAAUGCCGCCUGCCAGGAGAGAUCAGCCCUUGUAACAGCUCUGAGGGCGAGGGUACCCUUUGU